AUCCUUCCACGUUGUGUGGUGGCAACUUUGGAAUCAAAAAUAUUAAUCUGUAGAUACUCUUCCAAAUUACAUAGAAAAAAUUUGCUCAAACUUCAACAUCUUCUCUGCUCGUUUCUCAUUCCAUUCUGAAGAAAACAAUGACCAUCAUUUCUGCUAGUGCUACAACUUCAUCCUUCACCCGGACCACCCUUGUUCACAAGCCUCCCACUAGACCUUCUGCAUCACCUGUUCUUGGGUUGCCAAGGAUGGUGAUGAAGGGGAAAUUGAGAUGUUCCAUGGAGGGAAAGCAAGAAGAUAAGUCAAUGUUGGGAAUGGGCGCAUCGGUGUUGGCAGCUGCCUGCGCAGCCACCAUGUCAAAGCCAGCAAUGGCUCUGGUGGAUGAGAGAAUGAGCACUGAAGGAACAGGUCUUCCAUUUGGUUUGAGCAAUAAUCUUCUUGGGUGGAUCCUUUUGGGUGUGUUUGGUCUUAUUUGGGCUCUCUACUUCACUUACACUACCACUCUUGAUGAAGAUGAAGAGUCUGGAUUGUCUCUUUAAAUCCAAGCCAAACCAAAACCCAUUGUAGAGAAAAUGUGAAGAGUUUGGCUGUGUGGUAGUAAAUAACUACUUUUUCCUGUGGCUUUUUUGUGUAUUGUUUCUCCACUCUUUUUAAUGUCAUUUCUUCGUUUUGCUUCAA